CUCUGGAAAACAGCUGUUUUUUAUUUACCACCGCGGAGGCUAGCGCGUUUGAAUUAUUUUAUUAAUUACAUAAAUUUCACUGAAAAUUUCAUCAGAAACUAUGGCCCUGCGGUUGCUCAGCCGCUCACUGGUUCCGCACAUGCGUAGCAUGCAAUGGAACGCUACAAGAAGGGGCCUUAAUGGUUAUAACAUGAAUUGGGAAUUCGCUCCUCUCGUCCCCUGGGUCUUGGGACACAACCGGCAUUUCCACGUGCGGAUGACGGAUGAGGAAGCUGGCCUAAAAGUUAAGAGAGAAGCCAACAGGCAUCAAAAUCCAUUCAAGGAAGAGUUCAAGCAAGAGGACCUCACUGAACUAGUCGAGCAUCGCAGGAGACGUAAAGAAAAACCGAAGAAAAAAGUACCGGAAAAGAUACGGGACUUUGGUGAUCCGGACACUUUUGGUGAUGCUAAGGUAUUCAACAGUCUUCCAGAGGAUCCCGGAGAUGCUGAAGAAGAGGCAUUCACCAACUCACCCACUCGACGGUCGAAGAAACUUCAGGCUGUAGAGUAUGCCCGCCUGAUCAAGGACUAUCUGAAAGCGAAUCGGCUGAACGAGGCCAUUGCUGUGCUGGAACAGAGAAUGCUGCGCGAGGAUCGGGUCAAGCCGGACAAGUACAUAUACAACCUGUUGAUCAGCGGCUGUGCAAAGGCCGGCUACACAAGAAAAGCCUUUACACUAUACACCAAGAUGCGACAACGAGGGCUACCCGUCACCGGGGGAACGUACACUUCUCUUUUCAAUGCCUGUGCCAAUGCUCCGUCGCCGAGCGACGGUCUGGCCAAGGCCCAGAUCCUCAGGGAGAACAUGCUGGAGAAAGGCUACGAACCGAAUGUGAAGAACUACAAUGCCAUGAUCAAGGCCUAUGGUAGAUGUGGAGAUGUGAACACGGCCUACAUGCUGGCAGAUGAAAUGGUCGAGCGGCAGCUGGACAUGAACGCAGAAACGUUUAACUUUUUGUUGCAAGCGUGUGCUGGAAACACUGAACAUGGAUUCCGUCAUGCUCUUCUCACGUGGCACAAAAUGCUGCAACGAAGAAUCACUCCCGACUAUUACAGCUUUAACGCGAUGCUCAGAUGUGUGAGGGAUUGUGGUUUCGGGGAUCUGGAUGCGAUGAGAGAAGUUCUCGAACAGAUCGCACCCUCAGCAGCCAAACAAAGGCGAGUGCUACAGCUGGAUGAUGGAGAGAAGAGUGACUUGCCAAGUGUUUCUGCUGGGCACUCUUCUGUUCCUGCACAAAUCGAAGUAUCCACAACAGCCAGCGAUCUGGAACUGCCGAAUCUCCUACUGCCCAGCCCUCAUCUUGGUAGCUUGGUGGCCUUGGAGGAGGUGACGCGACCUCACGAACGAUUCCUUCUACUUGGUGGCCUUACAGGCUUCCUGGAGCUUAUGAAACAGCACGAAAUCACUCCAGACAUCGAGACAUUCACCACGAUGCUGGAGGUAAUCCCACCUACACAUGCUGCCGAGAAGCAGUUGCUCGCUUUUGUGCGCAAGAUUGGCCUUAAAGUGGACAUUGACUUCUUCAAUAUAUUGAUAAAGAAGCGCUCGAUGCGGUUUGAUUACGAGAGUGCCAAGGAAGUCCUCUCCAUGAUCCGCACCGCUGGAUUGCGUCCGGAUAUUGUGACCUAUGGCGUGCUGGCUUUGGGCUGUCGCACCCAGGAAGAAGCCAGGGAACUCUUGCAACAAAUGCAAGUGGCGGGCGUAAAAAUAAACAUGCCCAUUUUGGGAGCCAUGCUGCGACAGGGAUGUGCCCAGAAGUCUUUCGGUUACAUCAAUGAGAUUAUGCAGUUGAGCCUGGAGGAGGGUGUCAAGCCCAACGAACCUUUUCUGAGACACCUUUACAACUUCCACAGAGGCUGCGCCAGGGCCAUCGAUGCUAGGCAUCCGUCCACCAAGACCGCAGCCUUCAAGAAGGGGCACUCGAAAUUCUGUGAUAAGUACCGCCUCUUCUACGAGGAGCUUGGACUAGCUGGCCUCAAACUCGAAGACGCCAUCGCCAAAGUGAAGGAAAAUCCAUAUGCAAAGUUCAAGGAGCACACGGAAGAAGGCCUGGAGCCACUCAAAACGGAUCAAGUCAAGCGAAAAACCAAAGUCCGGAAGUACAUCAAGAAAAUCAAAAUAGACCAGCUCCAAGAUGGCCCUCCCGAGGAGCCUCCGAGGAAAAUAGAAUAAGUUUUAAAGUUAAACAGCCAUUAAAGUUUAUUUUCGUUAACCAAU